AUUUAGGAAAAUAUUCUCGGAUUUAACGAUUGAAUUCAUUGGCAAAUCUAAUAAGAAAUGCAAGGAAUAUGUCCAGCAUUUUGUCGAAACAGAGAAAUGCUAUACGAAUACACAGCAUGAAGAUUUUACUAAAAUGAUUGGGGAAGUGAAGUCGAAAUGCAUAUCUGAUGUUCAGUUGAAAGUGUCGGCACAAGUGGUUCAACAGAACCUAAAGUCGGAUUGGAUUUCAUACAAGAAGAAUGACUUUUGGUUUGUUCUCAAAGGAAACACUCUUUUGUGGUUUAAAGAUGAGACACAAAAGGAUAGAAAGGGUUCAAUAGAUGUAAACGGUUCUCAGUUUAAGAGCAUUGAAUCCGAUCUCUCAUUGGUUUUAAUCUUAUCGAAGAAAAAAAUGAUUGGUUUUAGUCUUAACAAUGAAUUUGAGUUAGUAUUCACUUCAAGAGAUGUGGCGUUAAAGUGGAGGGAAUGGUUAGAGGAGGCGGGGGUUAAGCCCUGUUUAGGUGACAAUCAGUCGAUGGCUAACGACGACAAUGAAUCGGUGUAUAACAUGUCGUCGAGCCGUAACUCAGAAUCAAGUCUUAGUAUCCCUACUGUAUGUGAAGACAUGGCUUUUCCCGAACAUAUGGCCACACAAGUGGACGAAGUGAAGAGAUUAAUCAAUGCAUACAUUGUUAUAUUGAAGAAGACUUUUAAGGAUCGUUUGCCAAAACUAUGUCAAUACGAGUUAAUAGACUCUACGUGUAAAUUCAUUGGCACUAAACUUCAGGUACAGAUUCGCCAACAGUUCCCAUCCAUUGAUGAUAUUAUAGGCGAUGAUCCCAACAAAGACUUGAGAAUUGAAUUACAGAAUCAGAAACAACAAUACAUUGAAGGCAUUGACAUAAUGGACAACUUUACUCAACUAAAGUCUUUAAAAUAA